UUAAGCGGCGUCAUCUAUCAUCUUAGUGCAGUGUUCUCUCGUUGCUCCUCCUCUCUGUCUCGUUGUCUGUAUCGGUCGGCUCUCAAGACUGAAUCUGCAAUGGCGUUUCCGUACCUGGAAGGUGUUUUGGGUUUUAUGAUUUUGAUGUACAUUUUCGAGACAUAUCUGGAUUUGCGGCAACAUGUUGCUCUUAAGCUGCCUACACUUCCUAAACCUUUGGUAGGAAUUAUCAGUUCGGAAAAAUUUCAAAAGUCUCGAGCUUAUAGUCUUGAUAAAAGUCACUUUCAUUUUGUUCAUGAGGCUGUAUCCAUACUAAUGGACACUGCUAUUUUGUACUUCGGUGUAUUGCCCUGGUUCUGGAAGUUAUCAGGAGAAUUUCUUGUUUACGUUGGCCAAAACCCAGAGAAUGAAAUACUUCACACCCUUGCAUUCUUGGCUGGGGUUAUGAUUUGGUCGCAGGUUACAGACUUGCCAUUUUCUUUGUACUCAACUUUCGUGAUUGAGGCUCGACAUGGUUUCAAUAAACAAACUGUAUGGCUAUUCUUUAGGGAUAUGUUUAAGGGAAUCUGCCUUUCAAUCAUACUUGGACCACCAAUUGUGGCGGCGAUCAUUGUAAUAGUACAGAAAGGAGGUCCUUACUUGGCCAUCUAUCUGUGGGGAUUUAUGUUUGUUCUGUCCAUUGUGAUGAUGACCCUUUAUCCUAUAUUAAUUGCUCCACUUUUCAACAAGUUUACCCCUCUUCCUGACGGAGAACUAAGAGAGAAAAUUGAGAACCUUGCUUCAUCACUCAUGUUUCCUUUAAAAAAACUCUUUGUUGUUGAUGGAUCUACGAGGUCAAGCCAUAGCAAUGCUUACAUGUAUGGAUUUUUUAAAAAUAAGCGCAUCGUCCUCUAUGAUACACUAAUUCAGCAGUGCCAAAAUAAUGAGGAAGUUGUCGCUGUUAUAGCCCAUGAACUAGGGCAUUGGAAACUUAAUCACACAAUGUAUACGUUCAUUUUAGUUCAGGUCCUUACAUUUUUGCAAUUUGGAGGAUAUACUCUUGUGAGGAACUCAAAGGAUCUAUUUCAAAGUUUUGGGUUUGACACACAGCCAGUGCUCAUUGGGCUCAUCAUCUUUCAGCACACCGUAAUUCCUCUCCAGCAUCUUGUUAGCUUUGGUCUUAAUCUUGUUAGUCGAUCUUUUGAAUUCCAGGCUGAUGCUUUUGCUAAGAAGCUUGGUUUUGUGAAGGCACUUAAAGCAGGUCUUGUGAAAUUACAGGAAGAAAAUCUUUCGUCAAUGAACACUGAUCCAUGGUACUCAACCUAUCACUAUUCUCAUCCUCCACUUGUUGAAAGACUGGCAGCGCUUGAUGAAUCUGACAAGAAAGCAGACUGACAAAGGAAGAAUGAGGGAUAAUUUCUUGACAGGAAACGACAUAUAUGAGUGCCUUGCCUUGCUGCACCCAUUAGAGAUGUUCCAUCUUGUCAUCAAGUUGGACCAUUGCAAGGAUGAGCAUUAAUCAAUCUUCUUUUACUUUUUCCAUAUGAAUCAAGUUGGAACUGAGAGUCUCACAUUUCUGUUGUAGCACCGCAAAAGUUCCCAUUUCAUGAAACAAACUAUUU